GCAGCGCGUACAGAUCCAUUUGUAAGAGCUCUUUGGUCACCGCCAUGGUUCUAGCCUAAACUUGAAUUAAUACUACAACUCCCAGGAGUCUGAGCGUGCGCAUAGGAGCGGGGGGGGGGGGGAUUACUAGCUCCGAGCCGGCCCAACAGUGCGCUAAGCCUCCUGGGAUAGCUCCUCCCCUCCCGAUUCAGGUCUGAGUGGCUAUGGAGGAGAGCGCAGUGAAGAAUGAACUACGACUCCCAGCAUGCCCCACUCCGCUGCCGCCUGCGCCUGGGUGAGCUGAGAGUUUCCCGGGCUGGGCUGCCCCUGGACAGCGGAGAUGGGCGUGUGGGACUGGGCUGCAUAACCUGAGAGGCCUGCACUGCGCUGGUGAGAAGCUAGCCUACCGAUUCUGCAACGCCAAGAACUGCUAUGGAGAGCAGGUGCUACGGCUGUGCUGUCAAGUUCACCCUCUUCAAGAAGGAGUAUGGCUGUAAGAAUUGUGGCCGAGCCUUCUGUAAUGGCUGUCUUAGCUUCAGCGCUCUGGUACCCCGGGCUGGUAACACACAACAGAAAGUCUGUAAGCAGUGCCACACAGUCCUGACCAGAGGCUCUUCUGACACUGCCUCCAAGUGGUCACCACCUCAGAACUAUAAGAAGCGUGUAGCAGCCUUGGAAGCCAAGAAAAAGCCCAGCCCUUCCCAGAGCCAGGGCCUGACCCACAAAGACCAAGCCAUCGCUGAGCGUCUAGCACGCCUGCGUCAGGAAAACAAGCCCAAGUCAGUGCCCUCACAAGCAGAGAUAGAGGCACGGCUAGCUGCGCUGAAGGAUGAAGUCCAGGGCCCCAUUCCUUCCACACAGGAGAUGGAGGAUCGGCUUGCAGCAUUGCAGGGCAGAGUCCCACCUCCUCACACCAUGAAACCGGCACACCAGGCACCAGAUACCAGGACCCAGGCCCAGCAGACACAGGAUCUGCUAACACAGUUGACAGCUGAGGUGGCUAUUGAUGAAAGCUGGCAACCAAGAGCCUCAGCCUCCCUCCAGAAUGACCUCAACAAAGGAGCUACAAGAAACCAGCACAUAAAUACCCAGGGGCAGGCCAGCCAGUCUCUGGAGGAAGAGAAGAACAAGCUACUGGCUGAGGCAGCCGUUGAGCUACAGGAGGAGAACACCAGGCAGGAACAGAUCCUGGCUCUUGCCAGAAGAUUGGCUGUACUGCAGGGACAGGACCCCAGCAGAGUGACCCUCCAGGACUAUCACCUCCCAGACAGUGAUGAGGAUGAAGAGACAGCCAUCCAGAGAGUCUUGCAGCAGCUCACUGAAGAAGCUGCCCUAGAUGAGGCAAGUGGCUUUAACAUCCCUGUGGAACCUGCUCCAGCAUCUCAGGCCCAACCCUGCAAGGCUGAGACUGAGCCCCAGUCUCUGCUUCAGGGGCCCCAGGCUAAGGAAGAAGAACUCCCCUGGUGCUGUAUCUGCAAUGAGGAUGCUACUCUGCGCUGUGCUGGCUGUGAUGGAGACCUCUACUGUGCCCGGUGCUUCCGGGAGGGCCAUGAUAACUUUGACCUUAAAGAACAUCAGACUUCUCCCUACCACCCCUGACCACCUUGCCAAGAACACUGAGGAUAACCUAAUGAUCUCCUGAGGUGGCAGUUCCAAAGGCAACCAGCAGGCUGGGAAGACACCUGGGCUAAGUCUCAGGGCAUCCAGAGGGAUAGCAGAUCCUGCUUUGAGAGUUAACAUAUCCCCUUGUGAGCUUCACAGUUCCUGGAAGGAAGGAAGAGUCCAUUGAAGAUAAUGACUCUUAGAAGGGACAGCUGAAAGGAGGAGUCCAGGCCCUCCUCUAAGAGGCUGACCUCAAACAAAGGCAGAUGGGGAAGACCAGACUGAAGCUGAGGAUGAUACCUGAAACCUGGUGCCUUGCCCAGUCCUGGCCUAUAGUGGAUCUAAUAAAAUGUUAAUUCAUUGGUC